AUGGAUAAAAUAGGGUUUGGAUCGGUUUGGAGAAGAUGGAUGGACCUUUUGAUUUUCCAAAGCAAAAUGUUUGUGUUAGUUAAUGGUAGUCCUACUAAUGAGUUUGAGGUGGAGAAAGGUUUGAGACAGGGAGAUCCUCUUUCAUCUUUUCUUUUUGUUUUGGUAGCGGAGAAAUUAACGGGGUUAGUGAGGAAGUCUUUAGAGAUUGGGGAGUAUUAUGGUUUCGCCAUUAAGGGUUGGUGUAUUAUCGAUAUUCUUCAAUUUGUGGAUGAUACUUUGUUGAUUGGGGAAGGUUCUUGGAAGCAUGUGUGGUCUAUCAAAUCGGUUUUGAAAGCCUUUGAAUUAGUUUUGGGGCUUGAUAUUAAUUAUCACAAGAGCAAGUUGAUUGGCAUUAGUACUAAUAGCAACUUUGUGGAAGCCGCAUCGUAUGUUCUUUCUUGUAGGGUGGAAGCUGGUAACUUUAUUUUUCUAUGUAUUUUGAUUGGUUCCAAACCGAGGAAGUAUUCGACAUGGAUCCCUAUUUUGAACAAGAUGAAGAAACAUUUAUCAGAUUAG